AUGUUGGUACGGGUGUUUGCUGCGCUCAUGCUGUUGUGGGCCGCUUCAGAGAGUGUUCGGCCCGCACCGCUUGCUGUACCUCGCUGUUGUCCGCCAGGUCACGCGCUACCAUCAGAUCUGUUGCGGGGGACCCGUGUGGCAGCGGCUGGCCUCCUCGCAGCCUGUGAAUCCAGGGAAAACCCGCCACCCUGGGCACCGCUAGUGUAUGCCCCCGCGCGCGGUGCCUUUCUCGAGCGCGGUCGCCUGCCUCAACACUGGCGACUCUCAGAAGCAAUAGUGCCCGAAUGCCCCGAAUUACGUGUGGUUCUAGAACACGCGGCACCAUACGCAUUGCUCGCUAAUAAUGCGUCUCUGCUGCUUCGUGGGGCUACCGGGGCCAUUCCAACGCAGCGUUACUGCGCCGAGUCGGGAGCCGCACUCGUGUGCGCCGAUGAGGUGGAAGAGGGCGGCGUAGCCAAGUGCUGCGCUGAAGGACGCGCUUUGGAUGGAGCUCGCUGCAUAGAAGAUGAUACGCUUGCUUCGGCAGCGCUCGACGAGUUACGAAGAGCGUGGAACGGCAGCGUUUCCGUCGGGGGAUGGCCUUCGUGCGAAGGCGGCGAGUACGCAGUGGCGGGUGCUCUCGGUGCAGCUAAACUUACCCAAGACGGCGCGCUAGAGUUGCCCGGCGGUAAGCUGGCAAGCGGUGCAUGGUGCGCAGAAAGCGUACGCGGAGAGGAUAGCGCGCGCGUGCUUGCGUGUGAGAGCGCUGCCCGCGCUUUACGUCCCGUGCGGGCAGCUCGGCACGCGUUGUACGGUGCGGGGCUGGCAGUGGGCGCUGCGUUCCUCGCGGCCACACUCGCGGCAGGAUUUGCAUUGCCCGCGGCACACCACGCUCUACACUGGCGCUGCCAGACUCACUACGUGGCCGCGCUAAUGUUCGGCGACGCGCUACUGGCAGCCACUCAGCUCGUUGGGGACGCAGUACCGACGCCGCUCUGUCGUGCGCUCGCUGUCGCUAUGCAUUUCCUUUUCCUCUCUGCCUUCUUUUGGCUGAACACCAUGUGCUUCAACAUUUGGUGGACUUUCCGAGACUUCCGGCCGACGUCGUUGGAGCGCGGGCAGGAGACUGUCCGGCUACGCGUGUACAUGGUGUACGCGUGGGGCGGGCCGCUGCUGCUGGCGGGCGCAGCGCUCCUUCUGGACCGUUUGCCGCCAGCCGCAGCCCCGCAUCUCCUGCGCCCGCGCUUCGCCGUGCAGCGCUGCUGGUUCUACGGUGAUAUGGAAAUUUUGGUGUACUUCUUCGGGCCCGUCGGUGUGCUGCUCCUCGUCAAUCUUGCACUCUUCGUGUCGACGACACGUCAGCUCACCUGCGGACUGUGGCGGCGCGACGAAGUCAAGUCGACUUCGGAGCGGGCGGCGCUGGGCCGCGUGUGCGCCAAGUUGGUGGUGGUGAUGGGUGUAACGUGGGGAGCCGACGUGGUGUCGUGGGCGGCCGGCGGGCCUGAGUACGUGUGGUACGCCACCGACCUGCUCAACGCCUUGCAAGGUGUGUUCAUCUUCUUGGUAGUGGGCUGCCAGCCGCACGCAUGGGCCGCCUUGAAGCGCGCUGCCGCCGCUUGCUGCGCGCGGCCCUCACAGCACGCCGCCACUUCGUCGUCGCACCUGCCUUCGUGCGGCGAAUCACUCACGCACACUACUGCCGCACCUCCGCCCGCGCAGCCGCCCGCCCAGCGCCUGCCCAUGGAGACGGUCUGUUAA